UCCCGCGUCGCUAGCGGGUGGAAAGUGACAACAUGGCACAGCCCCUUUGGCUGUUUUUACUUUCACUGCGACUUGAAUCCCGAAUCGCGGGAAGAUGCAGAGCUCUCUGUGUCCAGCGGGCUCCGGGGGGCUUCGGCUGCUGAUCUGCUUCCUUCUGUUUUACAGCCGUCCAGGGAGCUGCAGCGACAUGAGUGCCCACGAUGGUCAGAGCCAAGUAGGAAGUGGGCAGCUCUGGCCACUUCAAGGACUGACUGCUCCAUUAUUCCGGCAGUUACAGCUUAUACUCCACCAGAUUGUACCCCAAGGUCUGUUCUGGACAGAUGACAUUGCCCAAGAUGUGAUGACCCAAAAGAUGGAGCACAUCGGCAGACUCCACCCCCAAGAUCCAUGCCCAAGGAAUGGGAAGGCAGUUUCCCCCACUAAACCCACUGGAGUGAGGGGCAAACAAGGGGAGAAACUUCAACUCAUAGUCCCCAAGGGCUUCUUUGGGCCAUUCCCCACUGUGGGCCUCAACCUUGUUGCCGACUGAGUCCACCUUGUGUAAGCUCUCCUUUCCCCAGUAUCUUCCCCGUUGCCCUCCAAAGGGCAGUUCUUGGAUGACCCAAAUAUGGAUAAUUAAAGUUGACUUUU